AUGUUGUCUUCCACCAACAGAGGACGCUCUCAAGAUCCAAAUGUUUCUGAUUCCCUUGCGUUGUGUUCUCGGAUUUGUUUCCUCGACUGUAGCAUCUGCAAGCAAUCCCUCUCUACUAAACCAAACCUCCAGCAAUCAAGUUUAUGUUUGGUCGGAUUCAUAAAGGCAUAUCACAACCGAUAUUUCAGUCUUUGAAGAAAGCUUACUUAUUGAGGAUAUCCCGUACUAGUACUUCGAAAAUGUCUGUCCCCUUCCAGUACCCUCAAGUCUACCGUGACGAGGCAGUUGUGGAUGACUACCACGGUAACAAGAUCCCUGACCCAUACAGCUGGUUGGAGGACCCCGACAGUGAAAAGACUCAGGCGUUUGUCAAUGCCCAGAACAAGUUGACUUUGCCUUUUCUGGAACGCUGUGAGGUGCGAGACCUGUUCAAGGAGCGCAUGACUGAGCUGUACGACUACCCCAAAUACAGCUGCCCAUUCAAAAGAGGGAGCCGGUAUUUCCACUUCUACAACACGGGCCUUCAGAACCAGAGUGUCAUGUAUGUUCAGGAGAGUCUGGAUGCAGAGCCCACCAUUUUCCUGGACCCGAAUACCUUCUCUGAGGAUGGAACUGUGGCACUACGAGGCUACGCCUUCUCAGAGGACGGCGAGUACCUUGCCUACGGCACCAGUGCUAGCGGCUCGGACUGGGUGGAGAUCCGCUUCCUGCGGGUGGAGGGUGCCGUGACCCUGGAGGACCGGCUGGAGCGGGUCAAGUUCAGCUGCAUGUCCUGGACCCACGACGGCAAGGGCCUGUUCUACAACUCCUACCCCGUGCAGGAGGGCAAGAGCGACGGUACGGAGACAUCCACCAACCUGCACCAGAAGCUCUACUUUCAUGUGCUUGGGACCCCCCAGUCCAAGGACUGCCUGUGUGCCGAGUUUCCUGAGCACCCCAAGUGGAUGAGCGGGGCCGAGGUUUCAGAUGACGGGCGCUAUGUACUCCUGUCUAUCAGGGAGGGCUGUGACCCUGUCAACCGGCUGUGGUACUGUGACCUCCACACCACUCCUCAGGGCAUUACAGGGAUGUUGCCGUGGGUGAAGCUGAUUGACAACUUCGAGGCCGAGUACGAGUACGUGACCAACGAGGGCACGCUGUUCACAUUCAAGACCAACCUGGAAGCGCCGCGUUACCGCCUCAUCAACAUCGACUUUGCCUUGCCGGACGCUAGCAACUGGAGAGAGCUCAUUGGCCAACACGACAAAGACGUCAUCGUGUUUGCCACCUGCACGUACAACAGCUUCCUGUUCGUAUGCUUCCUGCACGAUGUGAAGAACGUGCUGAAGAUGUACCUGCUCAGCUCGGGAGAGGAGCUGAGGACCUUCGCCCUGGACGUGGGCUCCGUGGUGGGCUUCACCGGCCGCAAGAGGGACUCAGAGAUCUUCUACUACUUCACCUCCUUCCUCUCGCCAGCCAUCAUCUAUCACUGUGACCUGACCCAGGAGCCCCUGCAGCCCCACGUGUUCAGAGAGGUCACCGUGAAGGGCUUUGAGCCCUCCGACUACCAGACCACACAGGUGUUCUACCCCAGCAAAGACGGCACCCAGAUUCCCAUGUUCAUAGUCCACAAGAAGGGCAUCACGCUGGACGGCUCUCACCCAGCCUUCCUCUACGGCUAUGGCGGCUUCAACAUCUCCAUCACGCCUAGCUACAGUGUGUCUCGGCUCAUCUUUGUGAGACACAUGGGCGGAGUUCUGGCCGUGGCCAAUAUCAGAGGUGGAGGGGAGUAUGGAGAGACUUGGCACAAAGCGGGCAUGCUGGCCAACAAGCAGAACUGCUUCACAGACUUCCAGUGUGCAGCAGAGUACCUCAUCAAGGAGGGCUACUCCUCUCCGUCCAAGCUCACCAUCAACGGGGGUUCCAACGGGGGCCUGCUCGUAGCGGCCUGUGUGAACCAGCGGCCAGAGCUGUUUGGCUGUGCCGUGGCCCAGGUGGGAGUCAUGGACAUGCUCAAGUUCCACAAGUUCACCAUUGGACACGCCUGGACCACCGACUUUGGCUGCUCCGAGAUCAAAGAGCAGUUUGAGUGGCUCAUAAAAUACUCCCCCCUCCACAACAUCCGCAUCCCAGAGGGGGAGGGCGUCCAGUACCCCUCGGUGCUCCUGCUCACGGGCGACCACGACGACCGCGUGGUCCCGCUCCAUUCGCUCAAGUACAUUGCCACCCUGCAGCACGUGGUGGGCCGCUGGGCCAAGCAGACCAACCCCCUGUUCAUCCACGUGGACACCAAGUCGGGCCACGGCGCCGGCAAGCCCACCAGCAAGGUCAUCCAGGAGGUGGCCGACACCUACGCCUUCAUAGCUCGCUGCCUUAAAAUCUCCUGGGUCAAGUGAGGUACCCGUAACCCCCACCUCCCCACUCCCCCCCCCACCACCCUCUGUUUAAGGGGCAUUAUUUUCCGUUAUGUCGCUGAGUUUUACUACUUGCUUUGUGGAGGUUCUAACCCAAGUCAUUUAACGUGUUUAGCGCGUUUAGUAAACGAACUGUCACCGCUGACGUGACACUGCAGGACUUGGAAGUCAGUAUCAGAGAGGUCUCUCCUUCGAUGGGUGCUCCCCCCCCCCCCCCAGCCCCCCCUCCAUCUCCCAUCCACCACAGGCAGACUAUUUAUUUAUCAUUGGACAGGGUUGUACACCUGUAAUGAUUUCAGCAUGUAGAAUUUUUUUUAAGACUCACAGUAUUAGUAUCAAUGAUACUGUAUGGUUUAAGCGACUUUGUUUUCAAGAGGACUGUCACAAGAGUGCCAGUCUCCUUUUGCUGUGUGUGUGUGUGCUUGUGAGUGAGUGAGUGUGUGUGCACACAUGGGCGUGUAUAAAUGUUCACAUAUUGUCAGAUUAACAUUGAUUUCUACCUCCUGGAAAUGUGGGAAAUAAACAACAAUUCCACCAUUUCAAUAAACAAUUUUUGAACAGA